AUGAAUUAUUCAGGAAUCUUCCUCAUCCUCGUCUUUGUCAACGCGGCUGCUGCAGUGUUCACCCGUUCUCAUACCAACUAUCGACGCGGGACACGCGGGAAGAGUGGUAACACAGGAAGAACUGGUUCUACGGGGUACACUGGGGCAACGGGUGUCCCGGGGCCAACCGGUUACACUGGAGACACGGGCACGCAGAAAGGUUACACUGGUGAUACAGGGGCCGUCGGGCAGAAGGGUUUCACAGGUGACACAGGCGAUGUUGGCGAACAAGGAUACACUGGAUUCGUUGGGUCAACAGGAUACACAGGAGCCACAGGGUACACUGGCUUCACUGGAAUUACUGGUGUGCGUGGCGUUAUUGGAAUUGAAGGAACGAAGGGCAGCAAAGGGAACACAGGCCUCCAAGGAGACAUAGGAUCUAGUGGGCUUGGGGGGCGAAGUGGCACACGGGGGAUUACUGGCAACACAGGGGUCACAGGAGACACUGGGGAAACUGGAAGCCAAGGGGCGACUGGCUUGACUGGAAAUACCGGAAAUACGGGUGUUAAGGGUGAUGCAGGAGUUGAAGGAACACAAGGCAUCACUGGACCUCGAGGAGACCGAGGAAGUCAAGGGUAUACAGGAGAUACAGGUGCAACUGGUUAUACCGGCGCUACAGGAGUCGAUGGAACCAUUGGCUACCUAGGAGAUACCGGUGACACUGGCACCAGAGGUAACACUGGCAUUCGGGGAGCUCAAGGAAGUCGGGGAACAAGAGGUAUCACAGGCCAGAACGGUUACACGGGCAACACAGGAGACACAGGGAACACCGGGACAACGGGGCCAACUGGUGCUACUGGCCCAAGUGGUCCUGGUCUGAGUCAGUUCUGCAGCUGGGCAGUGCGAACAAGCAACGUCGGUAUUAAUGUGAAGAAUGCCUGCGCCUCGCUUGGAUUCGAUGGUCCCACAGGGCGGACAGGUCCAACAGGGCAGAAAGGGGCAACCGGUACAAUAGGCGUGAAAGGCGUCACAGGGACGCAGGGUGCGACCGGAGUGACGGGUGAGCCAGGUCCAACAGGUGUAAAAGGAGUCCAGGGAUACACUGGCUAUACGGGCGCGACAGGGGCAACAGGUCAGGAUGGCACGCUUGGCCUAGCCGGCUAUACUGGAAACACAGGUGACGAUGGAACUAGAGGGGUUACCGGAGUUCAAGGACAACAGGGAAUGAGAGGCACACAAGGAUAUACCGGCAAUACCGGUUCUACUGGGGCCACUGGAUAUACUGGAUUCCAGGGCUACACGGGCACCAGUGGCAGUUUUGGUGUUAAUGGUGCUGAUGGAGAGGCCGGUUCCCAGGGAACUGCUGGCAGCGAUGGUUACACAGGCUACACAGGAAACACUGGCAUUACUGGCAUCACAGGUAGCACAGGCGACACUGGAUACACCGGGUCAACAGGCGAGCCUGGGUACACAGGGUACACGGGGUACACAGGAGAAACUGGGAACACGGGAGCUAUGGGCCAGGACGGAACCAAAGGCCAAUCGGGCGUUACUGGACGAGUGGGUGCUCAGGGUGUUACAGGAGCUAAGGGCGUAGAUGGCUACACGGGCUUUACCGGCAAUACUGGUGUGACGGGCCCCACAGGGCCUACAGGUUCCACUGGUAGCCAAGGGGCCUCUAAUAGUGUCAUGGGCACAAGAGGUGAUACGGGAGCAACUGGCACUCUGGGAGAUGAACUGGAUCCUUUCUGUACCACCCUCCUCAGCGGAAUCGGCGCCGACAACUGGCUGAGGAACUUCUGUAUGACUGUCCUGGUGAGUCUUCAAUAA